AAUCGCUCUACGAGCCCAUGAUCUACCUCAGCUCAAGACUGAAUCCGCCUCCGAACAAAUCCGGAUUUCCUCAGAUCAAUAUCGGGAGGAAACAGCCCAAGGUCACCUCCAACGAAAGUUAAAUUAAAUAAGUCAUAAUGGAUUCAUCCGAGUGCUGCUCCAGUUGCUACUUGGUCCUCCGAGACCCCUAUAUACAAUGCCAAGAGUGUCCCCCAAACACCCUGAUUUGUACGAGUUGUUUUGCCAAAGGACGCGAGUUCCAAAAGCAUCGAAGUGAUCACGAGUAUUCAGUGGUGAAAAACGAUUUCUUCGUCCUAGAACCCGACUGGUCGGCACACGAAGAGAAAGAGCUCGUUGCAGCCGUCAUUCAAAGGGGUCUUGGGAAUUGGGACGAUAUCGCCAAGGUUCUAGUCAAGAAAACCCCGGAUCAAUGUCAGCAUCACUUUCAGAAGUAUUACAUUGAAAAUCAUGCCCAAAAUUUAUUGGAUGUUUGGGAGAAGCGAAGAGAGCCGUCACGGCGAGAUCAACCCGUGGUGUUUAAUAUCGCCUCUGAAAUCCCUUUAAGACCCGUGCACGGCUCAGCCGUCUACAAGGAUCUGGCAGGGUACAAUGCGGCUCGGGGUGAUUUCGAGUUCGAGAUUGAAAACGGCGCCGAGCGAAAUCUACGGGCAUUGGAUUAUGAAACCAUGAAACAAGCAGUUACGUUUUUGCAGGAUGAGAGGAACUCCUUGAACUCUUUGGACGUUGUGACUGAUUCCGACGCGAUGGAUGAGCAAUUAGUAUCUCAUUUGCAAUUGUCUGCAGCUCAGGUGUACAACAAUAAGCUCAAAGCCCGUCAGAUGAGGAAACGGAUUGUCAAGGAACAUGGUUUACUGAAUAAGGCUCGUACCACGUCUUUAACUACUACCUAUCACGCCUUAUGCGCAGCCGGACCUCACUAUGAGCAUCUCUUUAAGUUAGGUCGACUCAUGUGUGCAUUUGAUUUCGAUUUUGUCCUCGAAGGUCUUCAACAUGAGCUCACUCUACGGCAGCAGAUCCUUCACAUGCAAGACUAUCGGAGGAACGGGCUCAAGAAGUUCUUGAGUACCGCCGUUUUUACCAAAUUAAAGGCCCAGCGACGGAAGAUGAAGCGAGAGGUACCACAAGAUCGGGUCACAGAUUGGAUCUACGGGUCGGCCCGAUCCAUGGGCAAAAUCCUACCUUCCGUCCACAGCCGAAGGAUUACCACGAAAAUGGAUAUCGUGGACAUGCCGAGCUACGAUAAAUUGACUGACGAAGAACGUUACUUGUGCUCGGAUGCGCGGGUUACGCCCGAAAACUUCUUGGAAAUGCGGGAGCUCAUGAUAGAGGAAUGUAAGAAGAACAAUGGACUCACCUUGGCCGGUGCAAGGCCAGUAUUUAAGAUCGAUGUCAACAAAACCCGCCGAUGUUACGAUUAUUUUUUGUCCAAAAAUCUGAUCUAUAAACCGAAAUAAAUGCUUGGUUAUUUAGUAAAAA